GCAAAAGGAGCAAUGGGACGAGGGCAGAAAGGUUCUUCAGGAAAGUCGGAGAAAAUGAAAGACGAGAGUCCGGCGCCGGAGGACUAUGAGAAGGGCAGAGUCUGUCGCUUCCCGCUGCUGGUGGCCGUUCUCCAGCUGCUCUUGGGGUUGGCGGUCACGGUGGUGGCCUUCCUCAUGUCGGCCAUCAGUCCCUCACUUCUAGCCAGAGAGACGCCUCACUGGGCCGGGAUCAUUCUCUGCCUGGUCUCCGUGGUGGGCCUGAUCCUCUACUGCGUCACGUACCGGCCGGACGAGAGGUCCUCGCUACAGUUCAUCGUCAAGCUCCUCUACUUCGUGCUGUGUGCGGUGGGACUGGUCAUCUCCGUCCUGGUCAUGGCGUUCGCCGGGCACCACUACAGCCAGGCCAGCAGCUUCAGCUGCUCGCAGGCCGGGGAGGACUGCACCUGCACGCUGCAGCCAGAGGACCCGGUGGCUCGCACCUUCACCUACCAAGGCGUGGCAGACUGCGAGUCCAUCACCUCCACACUCACCCUCUACUUCCUGCUGCAGAUCCUGCUCAACCUGGUCCAGGCACUAGUGUGCGCCAUCGCCACCUUCAUCAUGUGGAAGCACCGCUACCAAGUCUUCUUCGCAGGACUGCAGAUCAGAUCACCGUCCUGGCAGAAGGUCUAGAGACCCUCCUUCGGGCUCAGUUGAAAGAGCUCAAUGAAAGCCACAAUGUCACCAGUGAAUCUUAAAAAUGUCAUUCAGAAGAAGCAGCAGCUUGACUGUGUCUUCUUAAGUUGUCAGGCUUGAUUUAAAACAAAAUAAAAGAAAGCCCUCCUGAGCAGCGGCGGAGCCAACAGAUAAACACAAGAUUGUGUUGAGUUGAAAACUUCUCUGACAGUUAAAAUGCUUUUGACAGUGUUGGUACCCACAGCCCUGUGCUGCAGCCUGAUCUACUCACCAAACAAAGCCAGAAAGAAGGGAAAAGAAAAGGCUCAAAAUAAAAAGAGAGGAAUCCAGGAGUUGAAGCUGCACCUCCACUCCAGGUCUCUGGAGGAUGUCCAGUCUCUCCGAGAGUCUCCAGUACAGCAUUACUUUAGCAAAUGUAAUCCAUUUUAUCCUCGCAACUGACCCAACCAUGAGAUCUGGAACGCCACAGGACAGAAAGGAAAUGGGAGGCAACUUAAGUUAUGGUGCGAAUCUCACAAUAAACAGCCCUCAGAUAUGGAUGACAGAAGAACCCAGUUCCUAUAGAAAACUUGGUGAUCCUCAUCGCUCCUCACGCAGAAACAAAUCACUUCAGGAAAGUCUUGACUCGUGUGUUUGUUGUUUUUUAUUCUAUUUGGAGUAAGACUGUGGUGAUGUAUUUUUCAGUACUAUUUUACAUUUCCUGAUGCCACAAACUUUGCUAACAACCAUGAGCUAACAACAGUGUGCUAACAACCGUGAGCUAACAACCGCCAGCUAACAAUGGUGGGCUAACAACAACAUUGAGCUAGCAACUGUAGGCCAACAACCGUGAGCUGACUACUGAGGAAUAACAACCGUGAGCUAACAACAGUGGGCUAACAACCGUGAGCUAACAGCCACAGACUACACAGUGGCCUAACAACAUUGAGCUAACAAACGUUAGCUAACAAUAGUGAGCUAACAACAUUGAGCUAGCAACUGUAGGCCAACAACCAUGAGCUGACUACUGUGGAAUAACAACCGUGAGCUAACAACAAUGGCCUAACAACAUUGAGCUAACAACAGUGAGCUAACAACUGUGGAAUAACAACCGCCAGCCAACAAUCGUGGGCUAACAACGGUAAGCUAACAACAGUGGCCUAAUAACAUUGAGCUAACAAGCACAAGUUAAGCUGUGCUGAAGUACAGUUCAAUAUAUUUUAAUAGACAAAGUAAAACAGGAUGUUACUGAAAAGACUUUGAGAAGUCACUUUAUGACAAAUGUAUAGAUAUAAAGUAGGAUUCUAUGUAUUAUUUGGCAAAAAAUAACAUGUACAAAUGCUACAUUCAAGUUCUCUCUUUAUUAACGCCCAAUCACAUUUUGUCAGUUUCGUCACGGUUUGUAUGGUUUUAUAUUUAUUGUUUGGAAAUAAUGAAAUGAAAAAUAAA